AAACAAAGGUGGUGGGGGUGCUGGCGAUAAAGGUGGCAAAAGCCACUCUAAGCAGCAACAUUUUUUCUCUAGCAGUGAUAGCAAAUCAAGCAGUGAAGACCCCAGUGACUCUAUUAAUGAUGAGAAUGCACCCCACAAUGCUAAUAUUGAGAACAGCAAACCAGGAGAGGAGUCUGGUAAACACAACAACAGGAACUCUGUCAGUGCAAACAACAAGCGUAACCAGCUGACCCGCCAGAAACCAGUCAAUGGCAUCAAUGGGAAGGUCGGUGGGCUGGGUAUGCUGGAAGGGGACUUUGACCUCAUAGCCCUGACCAGGAAACUUUCAGCCAUAAGUUUGUCAUCAGUGUCCAGUGGAGAUGGCAGCGUCAUGGCCAGCACCACCACCAAAAAACAACUUGGCAGUUGUCUGACCACUGUCGUAGUAUCCCCAGCUCCAAGUCCUCACAGAGUCCAGUACAUUGGACAGUGCUCGUCCAGAGACUCAGACUCUAUAGCACAGUCUAUCGAGUUCUCCCAAAUCUCCGAUUACUGCGACCGUCUCCUGGAAGAUCAGGCCAAAGUCAGCACCAUCUGUUCUGGCGACUUUGGCCUUGGCUCAACAUCCCACCAGCAGGCCAGAAGGGCUCACUCUAACCAAAAUGGACUCUCGUCUACAUUUUGUAAAGUGGGCUCUGGUGCCCCUGUCCAAGUGGAAUCAAAGUGUUGUUCUGUUGUAUGACUGUUGGCCGUGGACAGUCAUGAAAGGUUUUUUAUGGUUGUCAUAAGAAAGUUGUGCUUUUAUUUUUUAGCAAUAUAUAUUUUACAGGAUACAUUUUUUAGGUUGGUUUUCGGGGGAUGAUUCAAUUAUGUUGCACUUUGCAAGUGAUAACCUGAAUUAUCUUAACAAUUUUAAUGCCAUCAGGAUAAAAAUCAACGUCUUGAUUUGAGACUGAUGGUGGUUUUAUGUUUUAAAACCAAUUAUAUAUUUACCAUUGUCAUUGUUAUGAUUAAUACUUGUUACUUUAGAGAUUGUUGUAUUAAACAAUUUUUUAUUCAAGUAUAUGAAAUGUGCAUGUUAGGGCUUCCAAUAUUGAUUGUAGUACCGGUACAGCGUUCCAGUGUUAAUUACCUCUCGCAGUAGGAAUCCAGGGAAAAAAGAUACUCUGGAAUUGAAAUCACAACUUUAAUUAGGGAAUGGAAAAGAAUAAUACAGGUGGAUAAAUAUUGUUACCUACUAUUUCUAUUUAAUGGAGGGUGAAAGGUAACAUCAGCACUUGUGUUGGCAUUUGGCUGAUCUCUUAGAAAAUAUAGCAGUAUUAGAAGCCCUGGCUCACAUCCUAUGUUUGAACUGUUCUAUAACCUGCAUGUUUUUGAGAAUAUCAAGCCACGUUAUCUACCAUUGAUAUGCUCACUAACUGUUAAGCAAUAAUGUUCAAUCCUAUAAUCAUUUUGUCUAUUUAUAAACUAAAAAUGAUGCCUUUUGUUGUGUGGAUCAACCUGUAAUGGAUUUAUUGUCACAUACUAAGAUGGGAUCAUCAUCUCAUUGUUGAAUACAACUUUUUUUAAUCACCAAUGUUUUUGCUUAGCAAUGAACGUCUCACAAAAUAGAAUUGCAUGACAUUAAUGAAAAUAGGGUUUUAUUCUUGAAGUUUGCAUAACACUAUCACCUUCCUCUCAAACAAGAUAAUUGAACAAAUCUGUCAAGUAUACAGUUAGUGUUCAAACUCAUUCAAGAUGUCACAGUAGCUCAGCACUAUCCACUAAAAAUAUAUGUCUUUUAGUUUGGUUUAAACAAUCUGGUGGACAAGAUUUCAGUUUUUGGUUUGAUAUAGUGUGGUCUCAUCUUCUGGACAUUACACUGUCUAGUCCAGAUAGAUAAUAUUUUACUUUCGCUCUCUCUCUCUCUCACCACACCUUUUACUGUUGGCUAAGAAAAAAAAUCUUAAAUUGUAGAAGGGAAAACGUCUGUUACAGGGCCGGUGCUGGGGGUUGCGGGGCCUUGAGCAAACUUCGAAAUAAAUUUUGUAGAGCCGUUGAAGUUAUAUACCCUUACCAGUGGCAUAGGGCAGCACUUCUUUCUUUAUAUGGAGAGGUUACAUUUAAAGUAUAAUGCAGGUUUUUUUCUUGGAAGGUUGGGGCAAAAGUCAGGGUUGUACUAACCUCAACUACUCAUACUGACACUGGCCGAUAGGAUAUGAAACCACAAGAUAGUCAUACAGGGACUUACAGGUCAUAGUGAUCGGGCAUGUCAUACCCAGGAUUUGUUAACUCACUAAGUUUAUGUGGUUGUCAAAAACGAAUGCCAAAAACAACUCUACUUUAAAUGAGCUGUAAACUCUCAAAUAGACUGCAUAAUGUUAAACAAAUAUCAAUUAUCAGACAGUAAUUGGGCAGCUAAUUAAACUGAUAAAAAAAAAAAUCAGAUUUAUUUGGACAGAAAUUACUCUGGAAACAUGAGAGAAAUAAACUCGUUUAAGGAACUCAGCAAUUCUCAAUCUUAUUAAUAGAUUUGCAGAAUACUUUUUUGAGAUCCACUGAGCGAAACAAUUUAUUGUGAUGUUACGGAAUUGUAAUCCUCAGGCACAUAAACUCAAACAAAAAUUCAGACAAGUAAAGUAUGAUGUCAGACGAUCACUUUCCUUUCCUUUUUUGGGGGCAGACACUUCAAUGGGUGGUAACAAUGUUUUGUUCAGCUGACAAUUUUGCCAUUUCAUUCAAUUGAACCUGAGACAUUGAUGAUAUCAAGUAAGUUUCAUUAACUUUAAUUUUGAAAAAUUUCUUUCUGCACCUGCUAUAUUUAAAGGAACUGGUGACAUUAUAUUGUAUGCCAUCACAGCUUUUGCAAAUUAAUCUGCAAGUCUCACAAGGAAUUGAAGGAACUGUAAAGCUGUUUGUACUUCUGGAAUAAUUUGAAAUUUCUCUAAGGACCUUCAGUUCUUCUAGUAGUUCCGAACCAUCUCCAUCCUGUGAAUCACCAACUCUCAAGUCCACACAGUGUUUGCUCAUGGUACGGAGUGGUUGAAUAUUAUAAGUGCAGAGUAAGCCAAAAAUUUCAACAUUCUGUUGCAAUUACCGGUACUGAAAACGUUUUUUCAAAGAUCCCAGUGCUUGGUCUACUAACCACAAGAUUUGUCAGGUAUCUCUUGUAUUUCAUCUCUUGAUUCAUAUUCAGACUGCCUUUUACUAUUGCCUAUUGCUGCGUUCUUUAAACACUGGUUCGAUGUUCGCGUCUUAUGCAAUUUCCUUUGUAGUAGUCAUUGCUGAUGCAAAUUAUUCUUCUAAUUAGUGAAGAAACAGAUGAGACCUUGGACAUUUGUAACGGCUACAUUAUUUGGCAUUGUCGAGGUCUGCAUGAUCUUGAUGACCUUUCUGAUUAUCUUGUACCACUGAAUAUUGUGUUGACUGGAAAUCACUAACUUUGUUAUGAUUAUGAGUAGGCACAUCCUGGCUAUAUUAAUACUAUAUAAUAUUGUAAGGGCCACGUGCAGGGACCCCCACAAGUAAGGGGCCUUGGGUGGUUGCCCCGUUUGACACCCCCUAACUCUGGCCUAGAAUGAUAAAAACUAUUUCAUAUCAACCUAAAAAAAAAUUUAUUUAUUUAAUUAAUCUCAGUUCAUUUUUCAUUGGGUAAUUUGUUUUCUGCUCACCUGUUCCAUGAUUCUUCCUUGGAUAAACAUUUCUCAUUUUGUAUGAUUAGUAAUGCCUAAAUUAUACUGAGCAUGUAAUGAUAUGUGUAUAUACUAAGACACUACAUGAAUAUUGCAUUUUCAAACAACUUUUCUUGUGGCAUUGUUAACCAAGGCAUAUUAAAACAUGACAGUUGAUGGUUGGGUAGCAAGUUGUUCUGACUGUAUGAUAGGUUUGUGCAUAGACCCACACUAAGUUGGCCUUCUUUUGGUUUAUAGAAUUUUGAGGGACUGAUUAAUGGUUUCUUGAUUAUAAUUUGUUUGAAGAGAACAUUAACAAAAAGCUUCAGACAUUCUGAGUUCAGCCGACAUUGGAUGAAAUGUAACUAACUGAUGUGGAUUGAAUUCAGUCUCAUAAGCUGUCAAUUAUCUGAUUUUGAUUUCUCUCUUUCCAGAACCAGUUAAAAUUGUUUAAUUUACAGACUAGAGUAAAACUUUCCCAUUGUUAUGUAAUUUUUGUUUCAUUAAAAAAACCAAAAAACAAACACAUUGAAUGUUUAUGUGGUGAUCGUAUGGUAAUGAGUAAAGCAUAUAGAGGACUAUGACAAUGUGCUACCAACCAGUGGUCGACAUUUUGCUCAAGCAUAACAAAGUAUUAUAUCAAUAGCAUAGUACCAUGAUUGUCACUUAUAGCAAAGUUUUUUUGUACAUUGUCCCAUGCUGUAUAUAUAAGCACAUAAAAUAGCUUGCAUCAUAAUACCGUAGAGUCUUGUCUGAGUCCAACAACAUGGAAUCAUCUGUUCUUUUUUUUUAGUUGGGAUGGAAUGAUAGCGAAAACCAAUCGUACCAGGCAAGUGGGAAAAAAAGUUAAGGAUUCAUCAUAGAAAUGGUCUUGCACUCUCAUGUUUAUUUUUAUUUUUUUCAUUUUGAAAGCUUUGUGAAGAUGUAAAAUUAUCUAAGUCUGAGUUCAUUUGCACGUGAAUGUUACAAUCUUCCUCAUUUCAAUUUGAGUUUAAAGAAAAAAGUAUUUUUAAUUUAGUAUUGGCCCCAUUUGAACAGCAGCACGGUUGAUUUGUUCUGAUGUAAAUACUCCUUGACAUGAGAUAUUAUCAUAGUAUUUUUUAGUAUCACAUCUACAACCGUACUUUGCAGCAUUUUUUUAGCGUUAUAUCCAGAGUAGCAAAAAAAAAAAGAGCCUUAUCAUAAGAUCCAUUGUAGCAGGACCAGUGAAUAAUUUCAUAAAUCCAGUGAUUAAAUUAUAUCAUUCCCUGGCCGUUUUCUAUAACUGGACACACAAAACCUAGGAUUCCAGGAGUAUGUUGUUUGAAGGCCUCUGGCUCUAUCUGCUAUCUUUCUCGGUUCUGGGGCUCAGAUGGUUCUUUGACCUAACCUUCCCUCAAAAGAAAGACAAAGAGUUUGGAUCUUUUAGGACUCAAGCCAAAGUUUUUUUUCUGAGGCUGGACAUUACACGGAGAGCCUGCUCAUAUUAUUUAAGCUCCUUUGGCAAGUUUCCAUCAUAACAGCUGCACACACUGUUUAGGGUGGAUGAUUUUCAGACGAACCAUUUUGUUGAACACAUUCAUCAUACAAAAAAGCACCUGAUAGCAAACCAGUAUGUAUACGUAGAUGAUACUUACUUAUACUCAACAACAAAACACCACACUCAACCUUUUAUCAAGUUUCAAGAUAAACAGGAAAGCUGCAAGAAGUUUUAAAAAAGUAACAUUUUUGAGAAAUCAGUCUCUCUUUUUGUUUUUUAGUGACCUUGGAUAACAGCAGUUGAGAAAGGUACAGCCACUGUGUCAUGGUGUUUUAUAUACAACUGUACCUGUGGUCAAAUGGUAGCGAUUAUGCAAAUGUAUCUAUUGUAUCAUAUUUACCACUUUACCAGUUAUAUCUUUGUAUAGAAUAUACAACUUUUUGUUGUAUUGUGGUAUCAUAUAUUUGACUAUAUCUGUUGUAUCAUAUGAACCUAUGUAAAACUGUAAAAAUUGUCAUAUGGUAUUAUAUAUACAGCAGUGGCCAUCGUAUCCUGGUAUUAAAUACUGUAUUUUUUUGUUUCAUAUAUUCAACUGUCCUAUCAAAUUACCAUGGUGCUUGAUAGCUGUGGGGCUUGUGGUACCUUUUUUUUCAUAGAUCAUCACCUGGUCAGCUGACAAAAUUAAAUCAUUAAAAAGUCAGUCACAUUUACACAUGGUCUGAACAUUAUAAAUGCCCAAAUGAUUGACACAUUUUAAUUAGGAGAUUUAACUUCAUUGAAUUACAUGUCACAAUGAAUCCUAAGAACCUUUUGAAUGGUAAAAAACAUUAUUACCCUUUUUAAUUUUAUUACACAUUAAACAAUUUUUAUGUCUUAUGUAAUCAAUCUGAUACAGUCUGUACAUUUGGAAAUGUUCUGCUUGCUAGUACUGGCUGAUGAAAAUGUAUAAUGAAUCUGCUCUAGCAAUGUUGUAGUUUUGUUGAAGAUGAUCACAAGGUAGUAACACUUAUUUUGUUCUUCUCUAUAAUCAAGUGGUUGGAAGAUUUUUUAUCAUGAGUUUGUAGAAUGCACACAUUCUUUUUUUUUUAAAAAUCUUUUUUGGCCAUGUAAGGAACAUAUUGCUCAUUCCAUAAUGAUCCAUAUCACUGAUAAAAGAUGUAUUGUUUAUUCAACCUGGCUUUUGUGGCUUGCUUUCCAUCAAUGAAAUGGUAUCUGAUGUUUCGAGACUUGAUCAAAGCAAAGUGGGUUAGAUAGUUUAUUGUCUUUGAUUUCAACCAUAAUAUUCUGCAUCAACUAUUAUUACUUUGUCUGGUAUUUGACACCAUUUGUAACCCAAUAUGGCAUUCAUUUUUUGUAAAAUGUUAAUGAUUUUUUGUAAUGUACAUAAAGUUGUUAUAUAUUAAUGUUAUAAUUAUAUACACAUGAAUUGAAGCGUAAAAAAAAAAAAAAUGCUUAAAAGAGUUAUUUCCCCUUGAUCACCCCAUUCUAAAGAGGUCAUGGCCUUCACCUUAUACUGAACAUUGUCAUUAUGUAAAUCCUGUUGAAAUCUACUGGCAUAGCUGUGAUUUACUGGUUUGUCUGACUGAAUCACCUCAACUUUCUCUGUAGCUCUGUUCAUCAAUUCUUUUCAUCAACUUGAUGAAUCUCUUUUCUACUCUGUUUUUUUUAAAUCCCUUUGUUCCUCUCAUGUUUUUUAGUUUUUUGCUGAUCAUUCAUUUUUAUAAAUGUUGAUUUAACACAAAGAUUUUAAUCUAUGAUGUUCAUGUCAUCUUUUUUAAGUUCAACCUCUUACACCAUCUUAACUGGAUGGUUAUUUUUAAUUGUCCUGCUUUUAUGUUAGAUCAGCUUAUGAACAAUGGUAAUUGGUGACAUCACAUGAAUAUUUAACUCGAACCUGUUGAUAAGUUCCAUUUUGAAAACUAGUUUUAUGGAACCCCUUGAUGGGUGUUCAAACAGAUCAGGUUCCCAUGUGGAGGUUCAGCAUGGCAAGAUUUUUAGGUUAUUUUCUCAUUUCUUUGUAGAUUUGAUAUUUUCAAAUGUGAUAAAAACAUUUUUAAAAAUUUAAAACUAAAGAUUAAAUAAAUAAAACCCAGAUGUAAUGAAAUUCUUGUUCUCUGAUCACUCAUGGUGAGAUAAUAAGGAAAAGGGGGCAGUGGAAGCGAAUGCUUGUUGGCUUCUACUUCUGCUUGAACUGUCUCCCUCAAAAUAACCAGAAACAUUUGUAGGAUUCGGUCAAGUUGUAAAUACAGAAAAUGUUUUUAGACAGUGUGAGUUGUAUGUUGUUAAAGAAAGGUGGUCUAGAUGAGUACAAGUUCAGCUAUUCAAUUUACAAGGCUGCUCUGCAUAUUUGUGGAGACAGCCGCACACAUUUUAUAACAGGCAGUUCAAACAUUUAGAAGCUGAAAUCUACACAGUCAUUUCAGCUUCGGUAGUUCCACUUGUAAUGCAUUUUCUUCUGACACCAUCUUGUCACAAUGUACAUGUUAAAUGUGUGUCAGUUUGGACUUUUUCAUGAAGAAUCAUUUUGUCAUGUUAGAUUGCAAUGGUUAAAUGCCAGAAAGGAGAAAGACUUUUUAUAUUUGUGAUUAAUGGUUUGAACUAAAAGCUUCCCACAGUCUACAUCAGUGGUUCCCAACCUUACUAACUCACAGAGCCCUAUUGACAAUCAAUUUCUACACGGGAGGAGACCCUUUGGCCUACCCUAUGUCUUAAUAUUAAUGGUGUUUAGGAGUUUCCUGGAGCAGCCCCGUAGCCCAUGAGUAGAGCACUUAGAAGCAUAACUUGGGAACCACUGAUCUACAUCAAUGAGUUUUUUGUUUUUUUUCCAAAGUCAAAACAUUGCAUGGUCAUUAAAUCACUUGUCUUCUAACAGCAAGGCUGUUUUUCUCACCCUUCAAAAUGGAAGUGGUGAUGAUCUUGUUUAAUAACUGAUCUAUGACUGACAUGUUCAAGGGUUCGGAUGAGGUAGCAUGAAAUAUUUCAGAGGGAUGUCAUUCAUGUUCAAUGUAUUUUUGAAAAGAAAACCUUAUUUCUAUCUCCUAGUGCCAUUAUCUUUCCAUUUCCAUACCUAUGGUGUCAUUUCAAGAAUGUGAGUAUUUAUGUGCUGCAAGUGUAGCAUCACCCCACCUUCCCCCCCAUUCCACCCAAUGCUGGCGUUGGGUAGGUCAAUGUUCCAUGGAACCCAUGUUCUAACUUGUGUACAUAUGAUAGACUAAUAUUUCUAGGUUUGUUGUUGUAGUGUGACCUACGUAAUGGAGUAUGGUACCAACUCCUAUAGCAUGUUAAGGACCCAGGGCCGUGCUUCAUCUGUUCAACCAUAGUCCAACCUAUUGUUUUUUUUUAAAUAAACCAGCUGUCUUGGAUAUAUCUUUCUUUUUUUGUUGUUGUAUUUCUACUGCAUACCUACCAUGUCUUGUAAGUUUUGACACCUUUAACUAGAGCCCACAUACUGAUUUAACAAAAUAACACUUGAGUAGAUGUAGACUUGUUUAAGUAGGUCAGUAGUUAAAAUAAGUUAACAUUUCUAAAGUUUAAAAAAAAAAAAAAUAUCUGGAAUCUUGAUUUGUAUCUGUUGUCCAGUCCUAUGAAUGUUGUAUAUAAUACAUAAAAUGAGAAAAAGGAUAAGGCUUUGACUACUGCUUGGAUAUUUGGAGUGUUUGGG